GGCGCGGGGGCUCCGCCGCCCUCGCCGGGCGGGGGCGAGGCCAUGGCCGGCAUCGGCAUCGACCACUCCAAGCUGCCCGGAGUCAAGGAAGUGUGUCGAGACUUCGCUAUUCUAGAAGAUCAUACCUUGGCCCAUAACUUACAGGAACAAGAGAUUGAGCAUCACUUGGCUACAAAUGUUCAGCGUAAUCGUCUGGUGCAACAUGACUUGCAGAUGGCCAAGCAACUGCAAGAAGAGGAGGAUAAGAAAGCACGUGCUCAGAUCCAGAAACACCAAAAAGACUUGGAACGACAGGACUGUGAGAUCGCUCAGGAAAUCCAAGUGAAGCUCGCGUUUGAAGCAGAGGAGCGCCGCAGGCAAGAGGAAAAAGAUGAGGACAUUGCGCGUCUCCUACAACAGAAAGAACUGCAGGAAGAAAAGAGGCGCAAGAAGCACUACCCAGAAUCCCAGGGCUAUGAGGAAAGCUAUUAUGCAGAAAAUGGAGGCACUAAUUUGAGGGGGCUGAAACAAGCCAUGUAUGAUGCACCCCGAAUGGAACAGGAGUUGUCUGAUGCAGAGAUUGCUCGGAAGCUGCAGGAGGAAGAGCUCCUGGCUAAUGAGGCAGAUCAGAAGGCAGCUCAAGUAGCCCAAGAUGAGGAAAUCGCUCGACUCUUGAUGGCUGAGGAGAAAAAGGCUUUAAGGAAAGAGAGAGAAAAGUCUUCCUUUGAAAAGAGGAGGCAUGAUCAAGAUUGGAAGCCUGAUGCAGGAGAGUCCACGCGCUCAAGGUCAAGAGAAGGGCCUGAAACUCAGCGACACAGAAACGACAGGUCUUCAAGGUCACAGCCUCUCCUGGACGACUUUGAACACUCUCGGUAUUACACAAGCCAGCCCAGCCCCUUGCGCCAGAUCCCCAAACCUGAGCACUCUCCUAAAGGUUCCCGUAGGAAGCAGUAAACUGUGCUAGCCUUUGCUUUCGUACUGACUCUUCUGUAGCAAAUAUUACUGGAAUUGCCAGGCAACUUCCUUGAUUCCUGACCCGAUGGGAGGCCCACCCUCCACUCCCAGGAUCAUCUCUUUAAGUGUCAUCAUAUUAAGGAAAAUUACUUGUUUCAGUUUCUUACUCAUGUGUGAUGACUGAAGCAGUGCAGUAUAAUCUAGCUGCCACUGAGCUGUGCAAAUCAACCAGCUGGCUUAACAGCUCCUUCAUACAUCCUUUUGAGGCUUUCCUUCUAUUUUUAUUUUUAAUCUUUGGCUAGAGCUUAGACAAAUAGGACAAAUUGAGAUGCAUGUACGAUGGAGAAAAAUUGAAGAAGUGAGUUGGGUUAUGGCAAUACAGUGAAACAUCAGAAGUACAAGUCCUUUCUGUAUUAAGAUGGCUUAGCAAAAAGAGUUGUAAGAGGAAAUGUGUUUGUUCCUGUGUUGGAUAAGACAACUGACCCAACCUUACAGUCAUACUAGGAAGGAGAGUGCAUCUUCAAACGUACACCAGCAAAGGCCAGACCCUGGGACCGGAGACAAAGAAAUUGCCUAUGGAACAGAAUUAAACUGCUGUAUUUCUUUCUAGGGUUUCCAAAAAUCUGGAUAGAGUGUGUAUCUAGGCAUUUAGCUCCAGAUAUAGGAUAGAACAGUUAAAAGGAAGACAGUUUCAACUGAAAUUAGACCUUGUGUGCAUGCUAGGGAGUUCAGGAAGCUGUGAGUUUUGAUUUGGGAACUCAUACAUGUCUGAAUGGACCUCUGUGGUCACCUACUUUGAGCUUCAGUGUUGUAGAAGCCAAGGAAUUUCACCUAAGCCAAGUAGGGUCUUCUGUAACUCCUAGCUUGGUUGCUGAUGCACUUGAGUACAGUACUUGUAUCUGAACCUGCAUAUGUCUUGGAAACAUGGGGCUGAAAGAGGGCCGUAUAGGCAUUGAAUUCAAAAUCUGCAGUUACAGAUAACUUGAGCUAGUACUGAAUGGUCCGCACCAUGUCUGUGCUGACUGCCUUCUCUCUACAGUGCUCCAUCCAGCACCCCAGGCAGACUCCAGUCAGGAAUAAAAAAAUUAUUGCUCUCUAGGGCUUAGCAGGGUCCACAGGUUUAUUGUCUGUAUAGAUUUGCCCAUGCA